AAUCCAAUCAUUGCGACUGGAAUGCUUAGUUUCCUCAUGCAUGAAAUUGUAUAUUUCGAGCGUUCUCUUCCUUGGAUUAUCAUCGACGCUAUUCCAUAUUUCCAGAAAUGGAAGCUACAGCCUGACAAGAUUCUAACUCCCCAAGAGCAAUGGGACUGUACCAAACAGGUGCUUUGGGCUCAUCUUACUGUCGAACCCCCUGCUAUUUGGCUCUUCUACCCUAUGUCCGAGUUCGUUGGAAUGAAGACCUACCAAGUCCCCUUCCCUUCGCUUUCUACUAUGUCAUGGCAAAUCUUUUUCUUCUUUGAAGAUCUCUUCCAUUGGGCAGCGCACCGUGCACUGCACACAGCUUCCUUCACAGCUCAGACAAGUUGCGUAUGA